GGGUCAGGUCAGGGGCGAGGCGCCAAUCAGUGGUUUGUUGCCGGGGUUAUAAAGGCUGCGAGGGGAAGGUCAGGAUUAAGUUCCUGUCCUUCCUCUGAACGAGGCGGUUCUCUUGUGUGCUUGUCUGUCCGUCAACCAUGGCCGGCGUGGCGUCCCUCAACGCUACAUCGACCUUGCCUCAGCACGGUGGUGUGUAUCCGGGGGCCUCGCAGAUGUCGCAGUGGGCGGGUAUGGGCGGCGGCGGUUACGGGCUGGGGGCGUCCGCGGGCUUCCCGUCCCUGUACCCCCUGCACGAGUUUGCCUUCUCGCCCUCCUCCACGACCUACCCGCACCCCAUGACGCUGGGCGCGGGUCUGGGCCCACAGCAAGGCCUCGGUGCCUACGGCGGAGCGCAGCAACAGCACUACCAUUACCAGUUCCAGCAGCAUCAACAACAACAGCAACAACUGCAGCAGCAGCAGCAGCAGCAACAACAACAGCAGCAGCAACAUCACCAACCGGAACUUGCACAACCAGACCAGCAGCCGCCACAACAACCAGAACAGCCACAGCAGCAGCCGCCGCCCCUCGUGGAUGGAGCGCCACCAGCCGUGUCGCCACCGGCAGAGGCACCCAAAGCAGAAGGUGUCGAGGCAGACAGAAGCUCACGGUUGGGUCCGGGAGGUAUGGGGCCGCCCCCGCCAUACCCGGGGCAGUUCCCUGGGGCGGGGGGCGACAUGGCUCGCGGCGCAGCGCUGCUGCACCACCAGAGCCAGAUCGCCGCUGCGCUGCUCAGGACGCAGAACGCCGUCAGCAUCCGGCGGUGCCGCCGCUGCCGCUGCCCGAACUGCCUGGAUAUGUCACAGGACGGGGUGUCGGCGAACAAGAAAAAAUUGCACGUCUGUCACGUGCCGGGCUGCUCCAAGGUGUACAGCAAGACCUCACACCUGAAGGCGCACCUGCGCUGGCACGCGGGCGACAGGCCCUUCAGGUGUCACUGGCUGUUCUGCCCCAAGGCCUUCACGCGCUCCGACGAGCUGCAGAGACACUUCCGCACCCACACGGGGGAGAAGCGCUUCCACUGCCAAGUGUGCCAGAAGCGGUUCAUGCGCUCCGACCACCUCCACAAACACAUCCGCACCCACGAGACUUCCAAGAUCCGCUCCGCCUCCUCCACAGGGGCGCCCUCCCCCUCAGACCUAGACGCUGACGCCGAGGAUGACCUCGACGACGAUGAGGAGGAGGGCGAGGACGCGUCGGAGGAGCAGCCUUCAUCGGAGGAGCUGCCUUCACUGAUGACUAACACCUCCUCGGCAGACUCCACGUCCCCGCAGCCUGCCCCGCCCCAGGCUGACCAGCAGGUGCCCAACCCCUACGCCCACCGCCUCUACGACAUCCUCGUCAACAGGAAUUGCCUCUGAGGUCCUUCCGCAUGGGUGUAAAGAUUCACUGACGUGUUUUAAUCGACGCAAUCUUUUACUCGCCUCGUCAGUGGAUCGCCGUCGGCUGCACCAGCGAACAAGACUUAGUGAAGAACCGCUGAGGAACUCUAGGGGCUGCCCGCGCCGGCCACAGCCAACCUUAUCAAACGACAAUGGCCACACUCCAAGCUCUCCUUUCCUGCUGCUGAACACGACAAACCAACGCCAGAUUUUUAGCUUAUAUGUAGCAUUCAAUGUUUUACCACUUUUUAUUACUUAUUUAUUAUGUUGAAUGUAAUCUGAGGUGACUGAUGCCAAGAGGAUGGCCUGGCAAGGGGGAGCUUGUAGUAAGGGCGUGAAGGUAUCUCGCGUCUGUUAUACAGAUGUGUAAGUAUAUCUUUUUUAUGUGAUACGUAUAGAUGUUUUGCCAAAUAAAAGAUUCCCUAUCA